AUGGGGUUCUUGUGGCCCAAGCGCAGGUCCCGGCACUUCCCCGUUGAACCUCACCCCAGCGGCCACAGCCCAUUGCUGCCCCGUGACCCUGCGCCGGCCGAACCGCCGCGCCACCACGUGCCGCUGCCAACGCUGCGUCACUGCCAACGUCACGUCACGCCACACCCCCGAUGCUCUGACCACGCCCCCGUGUGGGCAGAGCCUGCACAGCCCCGCCCCUCCGGCUGUGACGCGGAUUCUCCGCUGCCGGAGCCCGUCGCGGCCAUGGAGCCCCCCGAUGGGAGCCGCCCGGUCACCAUCAGCGAUGUGCAGGAGCUGGUGCGGCGCAAGGACGAGCUGGAGGCGCAGAUCAAGGCCUGCUACGAGCUGCUGGAGAGCCAAAAGGGCGUGGGGAUGAACGAGCCGCUGGUGGACGCCGAGGGGUUCCCCCGCGACGACAUCGACCUGUACCAAGUGCGCACCGCCCGGCACAACAUCGUCUGUCUGCAGAACGACCACAAGGCCCUCAUGAAGCAGGUGGAGGAGGCUCUGCACCAGCUGCACGCCCGCGAGAAGGAGAAACACGCCCGGGACGAGGCGGAGGCGAGGGCCGAGGCGCUGAGCCAGAGCCAGAGCCUGCCCCAGCCCUUUGCCAGGGUGAACGCUGUGAGCCCGGGGUCUCCUGCCGGCAUAGCGGGACUCCAGGUGGAUGAUGAGAUUGUGGAGUUUGGCUCCGUCAACGUGAACAACUUCCAGAACCUGCAGAACAUCGCCACAGUGGUGCAGCACAGCGAAGGGAGGCCCCUGAGCGUGACUGUGAUCCGUGGUGGCAGAAAGGUGCACGUGGGGCUGAUCCCCAAGCGCUGGGCUGGGAAGGGCCUCCUGGGCUGCAAUAUCAUUCCCCUGCAGAGAUAACCAUCGCCUGGAAAACAAUAAAGCCGAAGCUUGUGCCUGC